AGAUGGAUGAUGAUGAUGAUGAUGAUGAUGAUGCGACGAAGCGCUCCACCUCUUCAUGCUUCUCUGUGACGAGUGACAACUCGAUGCAUCACCCUCUUUCUUUCAGGGUGGAUGAAAGUUCUAGAAAUUCUCCAAGUGCUGGCACGGGCAAGGAGGAAGAAAGACCUUCAUCCCCGGGCCCGUCUCUGACAAGUUACAGGUCGAGGACUCCACCGCCAAACUUUAUGUCUGAUGUUCCAGACAAAAGGAAUGUGGUUCCCACUAAAGCUGCUCCACAACUCCCUGACAGUGGGCCGCAACCGAAAACAGCAGAACAUGACCUCAGACUCCCACCAUUGAUGGAAGACUGGACCAAGGACAAUGUGAAAGACUGGCUGGUCGUUAAACUCAGGGUCUCAGCAAAAAUUGCACAGAAUCUCUAUGACCAGGAGUGUUCAGGAGCUUGCCUGAUUUCCUUUGAGAAACAAGACUUAAUAGAACUGGGUGUUCCAAGAGCUCCUGCAUUACAAAUCAUUAAGCAAGUUGAAAAGUUCAGGAAGCAUUCACAGGCCCUGGAGCCAGGUUUUAGGGUUCCAGAGAGUCAUUGUGAACUCAGACAGAGUGAACUAUGGAAAACUGCAGAGAUGUCACCAGAUCUAGGUGAAUCAAUAGAAACUGAAACAGUGUCAUCAGAUUCAGGAUUUCAAAGUCUAAGCCCCGCUGUGCAGAUGUUACAGAUGACGAGAAACAAAAUAAGAUCUUUAAUAGUCUCGAAGGAACCUGAUAUACAAUACUCAGUAGAGCCUGACAAGGCAACAGUUCUACAACCGCAGAGACCAAUAUGUCAGAUCCGGCCUUUUGAUAAAAGCAGCUCUUCCAUCUACUACACAGUAGAUGGACUUCUUCCACCUAUGGCUGGUCCAAGUAAUCUUCUUGAUCCUGUCCAUGAAUACUACCUCCUGCCGAGUGUAAAUGCCAGUGAAAGGGAGAUCCUUUAUGAAUUCACAAAAGAAUUGUCUAGUUUUGCCGCCAGCUGCAUGAAUUCACGAACCAAUGGGACCAUUCAUUUUGGAGUAAAUAGCCAACCAGACUUGCAGCACGGUCAGAUAGUUGGGCACAAGAUCACCUCUUUCAAUGAGUACCAUCGGGCAUUUGAAACAUCUUUGAGUGACUUUUUUGAAGAAAAGCACACAAAUGCUGCCAGAAUGUGCAUCAGGCCUCCAAAUUUUAUACAAGUCCACCAUCAAAAUGGGACAACUUCAGACAAGUGGGUGAUAGAGGUUGAUGUAGUCCCAGCAUAUUCACAAACGCAAGAUCAUAUGUUUUACACUCUGCUGACUAUUGCAUCAACGGAAGAAAACCAAAAAUGCAAAAGUGAAUGUCUUUUUGUCCGGGACGGCCCACGGUCAAUCAACAUUUUAGCAGACAGUAACCACCGGGUUAUUCAAGAGCAGUUGAAAAGCUUGGGUGAAAAGGUCAUGAACUGGGCAUCGGCACGCAAGUUAGCAGAAGAGAAGGUUGAAGAUCGCCCAUCUCCUAGUCACCAAGGCCAGAGGCUAAAGCAGCUGAUGACUCAGGGCAGAGAUGCAUUUGAGAGUUCAAUUCAGGUCAUCGUUGUUACUGACAAAUGUCACUCGAGCCAGCUGGAGCACAUGGAUUUCCUCAAAGAGAUGACUCUGUUCGCAGUACUUGACUUCGACCCUGAGUCUGAUAUAAAUGGAACGUGCAGUUUUUACAGAAAAGAUCGCAUAGCCAAUCUGCAUUACCCACACAUGUACACCACUCAGGACAGUUUAACGGCAGUCAUUGGGAAGUUGAACUUGUUUAAGCAAACAAGUUGGAUUUUCUGCAAUGGACAGAAGGAUGAAGACAGUGACAGAGACAAGCCACUAAUACCUACUGAAUGGCUGAAGAAGCGCUCCGGAGAAGUCAGUAAAAUGCUUACUUUCCUUUGCAACUCCGAUUUGAUUUCUAAAGAUAGACUCCUGGUCAUCUUUGUUCUUCACUCAUCUGUAACCAACAUUUCAAGCCCUGUUUUGGAGACAUUCUGUGCAAUCCACCGCACACUGGAAGGUGUUGACAAUGUGAUGUGCAUAUGCAAAGAUGCAACUGUUUUCAGUCACUGGAAGCGACUGAUAGAGGAUCGUUGUAUGGAAGACAUCACCAAUAAAUGCAUCUAUGAACUGAGCCUGAAUGAAAUAUCCAGCACUGUGAAAAAACUUAAAGAACCUCAGACACAGUCUUCCAAGAGAUUCCUACCAUCCACAGGCUCAAGCUCAGUCCUGCUAACAAAGAAGGAUGAGGAACUCUUUACUGUUUUGGACAUUUUGACUGAAAAUGAGUGUGAGAACACAGAAAUUGAAACAAAGGAUUCAUUUGAUGACUUCAAGAAGAGAACAGAGGAGGACUUUUACAGAGGAGGACAAGUAACAUGGUGGAACUUCUACCUCUCUGAGAAGAAAGGCAGCCUGCCUUUCAUCAUGCGAGAUAAAUACAACGAGCUGUAUGACCUGAUAAGGUCUGGUGAAGACUGCACAUCUCAAUGCACCAUGAUCAAUCUUUUCCAUCACCCUGGAUGCGGGGGAACAACUCUAGCAAUGCAUGUCCUCUGGAACCUGAGAAGAGUAUUUCGAUGUGCUGUUGUUAAAAACAACAUGGCAGCAAAUAAUGAAAUUGCAGUACAGGUUGUUAAAUUGCUCACAUAUGGAAAACAGGAGCAGACACACUACUUACCUGUCCUUCUUUUGGUGGACAACUGGGACGAUGUGGAAGACCUGAAACAGUGCAUCUUGAAUGUUGCCAGUGACAGGCAGCAACGUAACCAUCUCAAGGUUAUCAUCCUGAACUGUGAGAGGACUCAGUUUCCUCGGGAGAACUCCAGAAAAAGCCACAUUGCAAAUGUGGUUAUAAUGAACAAGCUGUCUGCCACAGAGCAGGUCCUGUUUUCUGAGAAACUUCAGCAGUUGAAAGACAACCAUGAGAAGCCUGAAACCUUCUAUGCCUUCAUGAUCAUGACAAAUAAUUUCAGUGAAGCUUACAUCACAAAUCUGGUGAGCAACAUUGUUCAAGAUCUUGACGCCACUACCCCACAGGGAAGGCUCUUCUCCUUUCUUGCUUUGCUAAACACCUUUGUCAAUGGCUCCUACAUGUCACUCUCUUUAUGUGAAGAGCUAGUGGGCAUAAAGAACACGAUAUGGAAGCGAGAACCUUUUGAUGAUAUAAUGAAUCCCUAUUCCACACUUCUGAUAACAUUCACAGCUGAAGAGCAUGGCACCUAUCAAGCGGUGCGAUUCUUGCACCAAAUGAUUUCUUCCGAGUGCCUUCAAAUCCUUAAACAGAAAGACAGACUUGCUGUGUCUGAGAUAGCUAUUGACAUUUUGCACUGUGACAGAAUCCACAAAUCAGCUAUGGGGAAGGAUUACCUUUGCCAAAACAUCCACAGCAUGCUCAUCACACGCAACAAGAAAGUGCAAGGGGAUGACAAAGAUACUCUGUUUUCUCCUUUGAUUGAGAAAAUAUGUGAAGAGGAAGGCCAUGAAAAAAUCAAAGAAGUCUUCGAGAAGGCCAUAGAGAGGUUUGACAGAAGGGCAACACUGCCACAGGCGCUGGCAAGACAUUUUUACUUAAAGGAGAAAGACUUUGGAUCUGCCCUUCGCUGGGCUUUGGAUGCACAGGGCAAAAAUUCAAAUUCCUACAUUGCAGAUACAGUUGGACAAAUCUACAAAAGCCAACUCAAAAACACGAUUGACGAGUCCAAGCCUCUUACUCCUGAAGCCUUUAGUGAAUGCCUAAUAUUAGGUUCCAAAGCAGUGAAGGCAUUCCGAGAUUCGCAGGAGCUAGCCAAGACGGACGAACAACUGGACCCUUUUGAUCUACACAGCAGAAAGAGAUCAACGCCCUACAAUACUUCAGGCUAUGUAGGAGAGACAGAAGUCAUUUUGAUCCUUCUUGACGUCAUUACAGCUCUUCCUCUUUCUGAGGUCAGCGACAGACAUCAACGAGAUAGAAUGCAGCAGUUUCUCAAAGGUCACCACUCAGUGAGCAGUCUUCAUCGUGAUCAAAGUAACACAACCUCCGGCCAGUUUGUGUCCGUCUUGAAAGAACAUGAGAGAUUUCUGACUUCCUUGAAGCCAAGACUCAAGGACAUUUUCAGUUUUUUUGAAAACUACUACACAUACCUAAAGUCUAGGUCACAGGAAAGGGAAACAGCUGAUGACAGAAACAAAAAAAAGUUAUCUGACUUCUUCAAAAAGUACAUCCAGAUAUUUAGUAGCUCAGAAGAGGAAAAGGCAUCGGAGAAAGCUGGAAACCCAAAUCUGAGUCUCAACCAGGAGGUACAGGAUCGCAGGUACUAUCUGGAAACAAAGAGAGCGGACUCAUUUGCUGGACUUCUGCAGUGUUUGAGUGAAAAAAGUGGGACGGAAAUGGAGCACAUUCUCAAACACUGGAAGUUCAUCUUUGAUAAAACAACCUUGAGAUCUGUCACAGAUACACUCAACUUUAUCCUGGCAAACAUAGUAAUGCACAGCAUCAAGCCCUCAUCAAAUCUGCUAAAGAAGUAUGAAGAGUUGGUCGACCUUCUGGAUAAGGAACUUCAAAGAGCGGGUACUCGAUCAAACGUAACUGAGUUGUACUACCUUUCCAUGCUGCUCAUGUGGCCGGCGAAAGAUAGAGCACUCGAAAGCUUUGCAGCCUACAAACAUAUCGGCACAUACAUCGCGUCGGUCAAGAAAUCUUAUAACCAACGCUUCUCUCACGUGUGUUCAGCAAGGAGUCCCGUAGCUCAUUUCUUUCUCGGUAAAUCCAGCGGAUUAAAGCGAAUAGUUUCCAGAAGUAAGCUCGACCGCAUUUUAGAACGUGUUUCAAAGCAAGAUUCUUGUGACAGCCAAAGUGGUCAGCCACAAAAUCUGCACAACCUCUGGCAGAGUGGAGCAGCUUGGAAUAAACCAGAGGUGCAGAAAGAACUGUUGAGGGUUAAAGGGAAGUCAGAAAAUAGAGAAAUCUAUGUCAACUAUGGAGGAAGUCUUAAAAUGGUAGUGCGACCAGUCUACCUGGGUGACAUCCGAAGUGGACACAGUCGGGAUGAAGUAUCCUUCUACCUUGGCUUCACUAUGAGCGGGCCUGUGGCGUAUAACAUCAAGUAUGAAAAUGACCAAUGAGAACAAAAUGUGACAGAAUUUAUUAGGGAUGGGAAUUGAUAAGAUUUGUACGAUUCCAAUUUCAUUUUCAAUUCUGUUGAACUAUUCAGUUCUUAGGAUUCCCUUAUCGAUUCUUAUUUGGAAUAAAAGGACAACAAUGAGGCAAAUGGCACUAAUAUGAUAGGCAAUGUUCAUUAGUUAAUCAGUUACCUGCAAUAUUAUAAGCUAAGGACAUGCUAACGUUGCUGCUGCUGGGUUGAGAAUUACCGACUUUGUUCCGGAGCGGAUUAAAAGCGCAGCAUUCUUGAUUGUUAUUAUUGUGCGCAAAUGUUUUUGCAUGUUGGUAGUAUUUCCUCCCAUCGACGAAAUAUUUACUUGGCAACUAUUGCAAGUUGCCCUGUUGUCGUCUUUUUUACUGAAAUGUAACCAAACUUUCGAGUGCUUGUAUUGCUUGGGCGCCAUGUUUACUAUUGACUGCUGGCUUAUGCACGUUACUAUGAAACGCAACGUGCAUAGGCUACGCAAGGUGCGUAGGCUACGCAACGUAAUUCGUGCCCACUGGAAUCGAAAAGGGAAUCGUUUGCAAAAUUUACAAAGGAUUCCAAGAAAUUGAAACACUGGGAACUGGUUCUGAAUAAGAACCUCUCCAUUCCCAUCCCUAGAGUUUACACAUAAAGACAGACAGAAUGAUAAGCAAGAUCUUGAAGGAAAUGGUCAGAUUGGCCAACCUGAUUCUUAGCUGAAAUAUUUAGAAAACAAGCUAUUUUAACAAAGAGUUUAAAGAAAGUACAAGAAGAGGGGGUGAACUAACUUAAAAAAGCCCUUCUAACCCUAAAGUCCCCAAAUCUGGGGACUUUGAUAAGAGAAUGCAAAUACAAGCUAAAAAGGCUCAAGGUUCACAUCACCAGGGUGUUGCCUAGUAUUAAUCAUCAAUAAAAGCAGAAUCAAAAAUAGGUAUUUUCUCAUUUUUUCCUGUCGAGACAUCUGUUUAGUUUAAUUUGAAGGAAUAUUUACUCGUCUGUAACCUGAUACAGGUGAGUGAAUAUUAUUUCAGGAAAUCCUGCUCUUGCUGUCUGCCAUAAAAAUGACUAAAGCUCCUUUAAAUUGCUUUAAGAGGUGAAAAGGAUAGUCCAUCUGCUCAUUAAAGUUAAGGAACGUUAAGAAAUGAAUUUUUGUUUGUUUAUUUUGUGGAGCGUGUACAGUAUAGGACUAUGUGUUGUAUAGUUCCCUUUUCCAAGUUUUGACUCCUAGAGUAUCAAGAUAUUUCUUUACAUGGUGUAUAUUCAAAGGUUUGAACUAUAUAUUUACUGUUGAGAGGUAUAUACAUUUUUAAUAUUUAAAGUAUUUAAUCUUUCAUGUUUUUUUAAAGAUUAUUGGAUGGGUUUGGUAUACUGUAAAGUGUACAUCAAAUUUAUGCAAAAUGAGAUAACAUGUUUGACUUUGUAAUAUUAAUAAUGCUGAUGCUGGU